AUGGCUCCAGUUUUAAACGUCGGUAUAGUUGGUACUGGUAUCUUUGCCAGAGAUAGACAUUUACCAUCCUACAAAGAAAUGUCUGACAAUUUCAAAGUUGUUGCUGCCUUCAACAGAACAAAGGCUAAGGCUUUAGAUUUUGCUAAAGUAGCUGGUAUUCCAGAAGACCACGUCUAUGAUAACUUGGAUGAAAUUAUGAACGAUAAAGAGGUUUCUUUCAUCGACGCCUUAUUACCAGCUCAAUUCAACUUAUCAACUGUUCAAAAAGCUAUUUCAGCUGGUAAACCAGUUCUAUUAGAAAAACCUAUUGCUGCUACCAUGGCACAAGCAAGAGAGAUUGUUAAAAUUACCGAUGCAUCUGAUAUUCCAGUUGGUAUUGCAGAAAACUGGACUUAUUUGACUUGUAUUGAUCUUGCCAAGAAGCAUUUGGCAAGAAUUGGUCCAGUUGUUGGUUUCACCCACAAUUCCACUGGUCCAUUCAACUCUACUAACAAAUAUCUAUCUACCUCUUGGAGACAGCAUCCAGAACAUAUCGGUGGUUUCUUAUCAGAUGGUGGUGUACAUCAAUUAGCAUUGGUUAUUGCCUUAUUAGGGGAAUUCGGCUCUGUUUCCGCCUUGACUAGACAAGUCCGUAAAGAAUCAGGUACUGAUGAUAUUGUGUUUUCAACCGUGCAAAUGAAGGAUAAUGAUGUUGUUGGUACAUUCACAUACGGUUCAGCCUUCGGUGCUACCUCCAAGAGUGUUUUCUUGAAGAUCUAUGGUAAGAAUGGAAGUGUCGUCGUUGAUUUAUCCAACAAACAACAACCUACCGUGUCUGUAACUGUAGGUGAUUCUGCUGAAACCGCUGGAAAGGAAGAAGUUUAUCAAGUCGAAAAAGAUGAAUCUUUCGGUGUUAACCCAGAAUUCUUGAACUUCCACGAAGCUGUUGCUAAGAAAGAUAAGACUUUGUUCAAAAGUUCUCCAAGAUCUGCUUUCCACCAUUUAGCCUGUGUUGCAGCCUUCUUGGAAUCAUCUGCAAAGAAUGGUACCACUGUUGAAGUUGAAACGAUCUAG